UUGCACGAUUUCCAAAGUUUGAUUGUUAUAACCUAUAAGAACUACUUAAAUGAUUUCAAUUCGAAUUUGAAUUUGCAAAUAAUCGAUACCUUUCUACUUUAUUUGGUCAUAAUUGGAAUAUUAAAUUUUUCUUUUGUUUUAAUUCAAGGAACCUAUCCAUUCAAUGCAUUUUUAUCAUCUUUUAUAUUAUGUGUUGGCCAAUUUGUUUUAACUAUAAGUCUAAGAUUGCAAACGUCGCUAGAAAACAUUAAUAACAAAAUAUUCAAGUUUAUAAGUGUUAAGAGAUCAAUUGCUGAUUAUGUUUUCACUUCAUUGAUUUUGCACUUUAUAGUAUUUCAUUUUAUGAAUUGA